AUGGCAUCUGUAAACAGAACCAGGGAAAUAAUUAAAAAACUUAAAGUAAGCAAACAACGUCUCUUAGAGGAGAUAAACGAAAAGCGUGAAUCCAACUGCUUAGUGGAAAGGAGCAAUCAAGUCAGCUUAUUGAGAGUUCAAAAGAGGCACUUCAGUGGUGCUUAUCAGUCCUUUACUCUUACCACAAGCAAAGAACCUGUUCCUGACAGUGGCAGGAGAUCCUGGGUCAAACCGAGUCACCUUUUUCACGCCGAGAAAAGGCACUUUACUCCAAAAAAUAAUGCCAUCUUUGGAUAA